GGAAGAAGCACCGCUUGGUUUGACAUACAUGUAAAUAAUGUCGUUUUCGCUUUUAAGAUUAUAGAUUUACAUAUACCUAACUGAGGUUUAGCGCUUUCGUCUCGCUCAGAUAACUUUAGGUCAGGACUGAGCAGAGCUGAUUAUGAAUGUGAAUCAAGGCACCGUCGGAAGUGACCCGGUGAUUCUCGCCACCGCUGGUUAUGACCACACCGUCAGAUUCUGGCAGGCCCACAGCGGGAUCUGUACGAGAACUGUCCAGCACCAGGACUCUCAAGUCAAUUCUCUUGAAGUAACACCUGAUAGGAGCAUGAUUGCUGCUGCUGGUUAUCAACACAUUCGCAUGUAUGACUUAAAUUCAAACAAUCCAAACCCUGUGAUCAAUUACGAUGGAGUCAGCAAGAACAUCACGUCUGUGGGCUUUCAUGAGGAUGGUCGGUGGAUGUACACGGGUGGAGAAGACUGCAUGGCUCGCAUCUGGGACCUGAGGUCCCGAAACCUUCAGUGCCAAAGAAUAUUUCAAGUCAAUGCACCCAUUAAUUGCGUGUGUCUUCAUCCCAAUCAGGCCGAACUAAUCGUUGGGGACCAAAGUGGUGUUAUCCAUAUCUGGGAUUUGAAAACUGACCACAAUGAACAACUCAUCCCAGAGCCAGACGUCUCCGUCAAUUCAGUCCAUAUCGAUCCUGAUGCCAGUUAUAUGGCUGCAGUCAACAGCUCGGGCAACUGUUAUGUGUGGAAUUUGGCUGGAGGAAUGGGGGAUGAAGUGACGCAACUCAUACCCAAGACAAAGAUCCCAGCUCACAAACGCUACUCAUUACGCUGCAAAUUCAGCCCAGACUCCACAUUGCUGGCCACAUGCUCUGCUGACCAGACCUGUAAAAUUUGGAGAACCUCAAACUUCUCACUGAUGACAGAGUUGAGCAUUAAGAGUAACAACCCAGGAGAGACGUCGCGAGGCUGGAUGUGGGAUUGUGCCUUUUCUGGAGAUUCACAGUACAUUGUCACAGCCUCCUCUGAUAACCUUGCUCGUCUGUGGUGUGUGGAGACCGGAGAGAUCAAGCGGGAGUACAGCGGCCAUCAGAAGGCCGUUGUGUGUUUGGCCUUCAAUGACAGUGUGCUUGGAUAGUAUGUAAAACAAACUCACAUUAUAGCUGAUGCUAUUAAAACACAAACAGCAUCCAUUAAUCGUGGUAUUAAGGGGAUAAUUUACUUGAAAUUUAAAUUUGCUGUUAAUUUACUCACCCUCAGGCCAUCCAGGUGAUUUGUCUUGUGUCUUCAUUAGAGCAUUAAAGGUUUUUUUUUUAAAGUGGUGCUUGUUAAAUUCAUAAAUGCAAGUCCACGACCGGCUCUUUUAUAAUAAUAAAAAAAAAAAAAACUGGCAAAACAAUCUUCUAACCCAAGGCUAAGUGUUUAUAAACGAAUUACCAUUUUCAAUAAGGUUGACAUUUUCAGCUACAAAUCUUGGCCUAAGGUUGAAUAAAUUAACAGCAGAUUUAAAUUUUUAGACGAAACAUCCCUAUAAAAUAGAUUACGUUCAUAUGUAAAAAGAGUUUUUGUUGCAAUAUCGUCAUUUUUUUAAGCCCUUAUAUUAUAAUACCUUGUAUUAGAAUACAUCUAGUGUGCUUCAUUUAUACUCACCUACAAAUUGUCAAAAAUACAUUACAUUAAUGAUUAAUAUUCAGACGUCAAAAAGAUUAUUUAAUUCUAGAAUUAAAAACUGAACGUACAACAGACUGAACACAAUGGAGCUUUAUUGUAGACCAAUCGUUUUUUUCCAUUACUCAUCUGCAUCAGGUUACAAGAGGUACGAGUCUUUGCGCCAAGGCAUGUUCAAACAUCACUGCAAAAAUGGGGCUAAAUACAAGAGAGGGUGAAGAUAAGGAUUUAGCAGAUAACAUGACAUGAUGGUUCCGCCCGUGUUGCCAGAUUGGCAUUAUGUAUGGCAUUUGUGUAGCCUCUCCAGUUGCUCUCAUUGAAGUCGGCGCAGUUUGUUUCUCUGGCGUGUGUUGAAACACCGUCGCUUGAAUGUCACUCUGGCAAGUAGUAGAAACACACGGAAACGCAAAUGUUGCUGGGGAAGCAGAUGUCGAUGCAGAAGUAAAUAAGUCUUUGUUUUCCGGGACCUUCAGGAAGAAAGGAGAGAAAUCUUAAGGUUCUUAUUUCUCUAUGGAUGUGCCGAUGACAUUCGUCCUGUUCUUCGUUCAUGCUCUGCUGGCUCUAAAAAAGGUCACAACUCCAUCACUGGACAACUAGAUUGGGUUUCUGUCACACUGUGCUCUUUAAAGAGCAACUCAGCAUGUUCUUGGCUUCUUACGCAAUGUCUUCUGGAUAUUUACGUCAUCAAAAUUAAUUUGUUCAGUGUUUUAUUCACAAUAUUUUACUAAGAGGAAUAUUCUGGGUGCAGUUCAAUUUUAGCUCAGCAUAGCAUUUGAGGUAUAUUAUUGAUAAAUUCUUCAUCAAAAACCAACUUCGCAAAAGUUGUUUUAUACACAUAGAAAGCAUAUUAAAUGCAAGUGUAUGCUGUAAUAUUUCAGCUAAUCUUUGUUGAAAUAAAAUGUAAAAAUAA